ACCCCCAACUUUUUAUUUUAUCUCAAAAAAUCAUUAACAGAAUCGGAAAACACCAUGGGAGAGAUAGAUCCAGCCUUUAUUCAAGAACCAGAGCACAGACCAAAACCCACAACCGUUCAAGCAGACGGAAUUCCCGUAAUCGAUCUCUCUACUGCAAGCUCUUCCGAGCUUGUUCAGCAAAUAGGAAAUGCAUGCAAAGAUUGGGGUUUUUUCCAGGUUAUUAAUCAUGGAGUGCCGUUGGAGAAACGAGAAAAGAUAUUUGAUGCAUCGGCUAGAUUUUUUGCUCAGCCUCUAGAAGAGAAAAGCAAGGUUAGGAGAGACGCCAAGAAAGUGUUGGGAUAUUAUGACACUGAGCAUACAAAGAAUGUUAGAGACUGGAAAGAGGUCUUUGAUUUUACUUUACAGGAUCCAACUACUGUUCCUUCUUCACAUGAACCCAAUGAAACUGGAGUUGCUAAAUGGUACAAUCAAUGGCCUGAGUACCCACCUGAACUAAGGGAAGUGUGUGAAGAAUAUGCUAAAGAAAUGGAAAAUUUGGCUUUCAAGUUGUUGGAGCUUAUUGCCCUGAGUCUAGGCCUGAAGCCAGACAGAUUUCGUGAUUUCUUUAAAGAGCAAACAACCUUUGUUAGACUCAACCACUAUCCACCUUGCCCUGCUCCUGACCUAGCUCUUGGUGUUGGUAGACACAAGGAUGCAAUUGCCUUGACCAUCCUUGCACAAGAUGAUGUUGGAGGACUUGAAGUUAAGAGAAAAUCUGAUGGAGAGUGGAUUUGGGUCAAGCCAACUCCAAAUUCUUACAUUAUCAAUGUUGGUGAUAUCAUUCAGGUGUGGAGCAAUGACGCUUAUGAGAGUGUAGAGCAUAGAGUGAAAUUGAAUCCUGACAGAGAAAGAUUUUCUGUUCCAUUCUUCUUCAGUCCAGCGCACUCCACUAUGGUAGAGCCCUUAGAUGAGAUAGUAAAUGAGCAAAACCCUGCCAAAUAUAGGCCUUACAACUGGGGCAAAUUUAUUGUCACCAGAAAGCGCAGUAAUUUCCAAAAGCUCAAUGUUGAAAAUAUUCAAAUCUACCAUUUCAAGAUAUCAGAAUUAGCAGAUAAAGUAGAGGGAGCAUUGUCCAUCGCUAAUUAGUACUAAUAAGAAGGUUCUCCCUCCAAAUUGAUCUUUAUCUUCUGUAUGUAUAAAUAAAAAUAUGGAGUACUGUUAGACUGUUGGGGAUACAGUAUGUCAUCUCCAAGAUCCUGUUUGAAUAUUUGCUAUAAAUACAUAAAUAAAUAAUAAAAAAAGCCAUUGAAGCAAUUUUUAUUUGGGUUUA